AUGCUUCUUAAUCAAUAUAGCGAACAAUAUAGUAUUAAUCUUGACAUAUGUAGAAUUUCUGAAGAUAUUUAUAAAUACACUAAUGGCAACAAAGGUCUCGUUGGUGCUUGUUGCAAGGCGAUAGAAACAGAAGAGCUUAGAGCUUACAAAUCUAUUGUUCGAGUUAUUAAGAAUCUUUCAUCGAAACAAACGGACAUUAUUAGCAUUUGUAAUAAUGAAGAUGGCAAAAUAUAUCAACUUCUUGCAGAAGGAAUCGUUGUUUCUAAGUCUAAUCUCGCUAUUCAAAAUAUCUUUGCUCCCCAAGCUCUUAACGCUGACAAUAAUCUAUCAGAGUAUGCAUUUCAGGCUAAAUUUUCAGCUAUUCUCAAAUAUUUACUAUCUAAUGUUUACCCUGUCCUACAAUACGGUGUAAUCGUUGAAGCAAAAGAACAUGACAUUAAUAGCAAUCGACGUAAACGGUUGGAUAUUUUUCUCUGCGAUCAUGAUUUAUCAACAUAUAAUUUCAAACUUGUU